AUAUACAUAUUAAACUUUAAUUUAUAAAAAUGAAAAUUAAAAAAUAUAUUCCAAGUAUCAAAUCGAAUCUCUAAGAAGUACGUGAAAAAGUGAUAUGACUUGCAAAAUGGAUCGGAGGGAGUAUAUAUCUAGAAUAUUCUUAAUGUAUGUAAUUAGACUUUGUAAAUAUUUACAGUCAAUUUUGUUAUAAAAUAAUAAUACAAAAUGAAUGUCAAAUAUCGGGUCCAUAAAUAUAUUAGUAGAUUAUAUUUAAAAUUGAAGUUAUUGCCAGAAGCAUAUGUUGCACUAUAGUAACUCCCCCAGAUGAGAUCUAUGGUUGCAUAUAAUUAUGCAUGCAAAACAAAAGUAUUGUGAAUAUAUUCCAUAAGUUGUUACGUCGUGUAUGUAAAGUCAUACACUUGUCUAGAAUUACCCAUUUUCAAACUUUUGCUAUUUUAUUUAGGCGUCGGAGUACCAAGAGCAAGGAACUAAGGCCUAAGCGACUAAAUUUUCCUCUUUUGACUUUAGUCAUAUAAUGCCCAGUUUUGGAAGUUAGAGGUUCGAGAAAAAAUUAAAGUUUUGGGCCACAUUAGAGGUUUGACUAUCUGAAUCACUCACUGAAUCAUCUAUAUUGGUGUUUGAUAGUUAAGGGAUUGAAAUAGCAGUUUGGACUCAAAACUACUUGAAGGAGCUUUUUCAAUUAGAGGAUUGUCUAAUACUGCUAAUCCGCUAAAAACUAGCUAACAACUAACCGUUAAUUGUCAAAUAGGGUCAAUAUAGAUGAUUCCCCAAGGAUAUUCUAGUUAUUUAUUUAUUCAUUUGUAGAAAUACAUAAAAGAUUUUCCAGCAUUAGCUGAGAAUUUUAGAUUCAAAUUCUCUAUACCGUCUAUAAUAGAAAAAUAUGUGCACAUAUUCAUGACCAGAAAAGUAAAAGAAUAUACUAUAUUUGUUUUAAUAUAUUGGGAAAUAAAUUUUUCUUUAAAAAGUAUCUUUUGAAAUCAGAAAAUACACUUUUUGGAACAUUAUUUGGUUCUAGUCAAGUAUAUUAAGCGCUAUCAGGUCCACAAAUAUAUUAGUAGAUAAUACGUAGAAUUGAAUUUAUUCUCAAAAGCAUACGUUACAUUGCAGUAACUCCCAUACUCUACAGCUGUAUAUACUUAUUCAUGCAAAAAUAAGGAAUUGUAUAAUAUGAAUAUACUUCAUAAAGUUGUCACCUUGUGAAUAUAUAGUCAUACAUUAGUGAAGCAAUACCCAUUUUCAAUAAUCUCUAUUCUCUAAGCCACCCCCGCCUCAGUUCAUUCUUCACUCAUCUCUCUCUCUCAAAACCCCAACUUUCUCCAUCUGUAUAUCUGUACCCUGUCAAUCCAUAUAAUCUAGAAUGAGCAAUGUCAAAGAUAUCCAUGGAAUGGCCAGAGAUUCAGUCAAGUACAUUCCUCUUCAUGAGGAAUACAUGGCUACUGCUCCCCUUGUUAAUUCUAAUGGAGCUUCGAAGAAGCGGAAGAUUCCAGAAAGGAAUAUUGACAAGAAAGAUGUAGGAGAUGUAAUAUCAAAACAAUGGAGCUGGUUAACUAUUGACGGCGAGCCAGAUAGAUUCAUCGGUUUAGAAUGCAAGGUUUAUUGGCCGUUGGAUGAUGACUGGUACUGUGGCCGCAUUCUUGGUUACAAUCUAUCCACUGAAAGAUAUCAUGUAAAAUACAACGAUGGUGUUGAAGAACACCUUUGUCUGUCAUUUGAGAGAAUCUUGUUUUAUGUUUCUCCCGAAGAGAUACAACAACGUAAGUUAUGUUGUGUUCAACAUCCAGAUGUUGAUAGCCAUGAUAUUGACAACAUGGUUUCUUUGGCUGCCUCGCUCAAUCACUGUUCUCGCGUUGAUCCUAUCCCUGGGGAUAUGAUAUGGGCAAAGGUUACUGGGCAUCCUAUGUGGCCAGCAAUUGUUUUGGAUGAAUCUGCUUGCAGUAAUUUAAAGAUAUUGAACAAAAUUUCUGGAGAGCGGUCAGUUCUGGUUCAAUUCUUUGGUACCCAUGAUUUCGCUAGGCUUAGCAAGAAACAAGUUACCUCGUUUAUCAAAGGACUUCUAUCUGAAUUACAUCGAAAGAGCAAGACAUCAGAUUUCCUUAGAAGCUUGAUAGAAGCAAAGACGUAUCUUAGCACCGAGAAGCUUCCGAGUAGGAUGCUAUCCCUACAAAGUAGUAAUGCGGCUAACUUUGAAAGUGCAAGUGGAGAGGAAGAUUGUACAAGAGAUGAAGAGAUUCCAAAGAACGUAAUUUUUAGAAGUUGCCCAUUUGAUAUUGGGGGUUUGCAAAUAAUAAGCCUGGGAAAGAUUGUCAAAGAUUCAGAGUUAUUGUAUGAUCGUAAAUAUAUUUGUCCAGAGGGAUAUACUGCGGUGAGAAAGCUUCCUUCGAUAUCAGAUCCAAAAAAAUGCAUCUCAUAUACGAUGGAAGUGCUGAGAGAUGGUAAUACAUUGAACAAACCUCUAUUUCGAGUUACAUCUGAGAAAGGAGAGCAGUUCGAGGGACCAACUUCAUCUUCCUGCUGGGAUAAACUUUAUAGAAAAAUAAGGAAGUUGCAUGGUCAUGAUGCUUUGAAAGCCUUCGGAGAAGAUAACAAAAUUGUUAGAUCUGGUCCUGCGAUGUUUGGAUUUUCUCAUCCUAAAAUAAAGGAACUUAUACGGCUUUCUUCAACUUGCGGAAGUCCCUUGGAUUCCUCUAAGUUGACUUCCAGAAGGUGUCGAGACCCUGCAAUUGGUUACAGACGUAUUCAUAUUACAUGGAAAGACCUUGACAAAUGCAAUGUCUGCUAUACUGAUGAGGAGUAUGACAUUAGUCCUUUUCUGCAGUGCGAUAAUUGCAGGAUGAUGGUUCAUACUAGUUGCUAUGGAGAGCUGGAACCUGCUGAUGGGACACUUUGGUAUUGCAACCUUUGUCGUGUCGGGGCUCCUGAGUCUCCUCCACCCUGCUGCCUUUGUCCACUUGCAGGAGGAGCUAUGAAGCCUACAACAGAUGGGCGCUGGGCUCAUCUUGCAUGUGCCAUUAGCAUACCAGAAACAUGCUUACUAGAUGUCAGGAAAAUGGAACCCAUUGAUGGUUUGAACAGAAUCAACAAGAUUCGGUGGAAGCUAUUAUGUAGCAUUUGUGGGGUUUCUCAUGGAGCUUGUAUUCAGUGUUCGAACAGCAGCUGUUAUGUAGCAUAUCAUCCCCUUUGUGCACGGGCUGCUGGAUAUUUCCUUGAGUUUUAUGAAGAAGACGGAUUACGUCUCUGUUCUGAGAAGGAGGAUGAGAAAGACCAGUGCAUUCGCUUGCGAUCCUAUUGCAAGAGGCAUAGGCGACCAUCUGAUAAGUGUAUUGUGGUUCAAGAGAGCAUGGGAACCUGUCAACGACCGGACUAUAUUCCUUCACCCAAUCCAUCUGGCUGUGCUAGAACUGAGCCUUAUAACUAUCUGGGCCGAAUAGGCAGAAAACAACCUCAAUCCCAUGAGCCUGCAUCUUUGAAGCACUUAUAUUUGGAGAACGUGCCGUACUUAGUUGGUGGUAUCCGCCAACAUGAAUUUUUAAGUAAAGUGGUUUCUUCUCAGUGUAAUAUUUCCAGUAAUAUUUCUUCCAUGGUUGAGAAAUACAGCCACAUGAAGGAAACUUUCAGAAGGAGAUUGACAUUUGGAAAAUCUGGAAUACAUGGAUAUGGAAUAUUUGCUAAGCAGCCGCACAGAGCUGGAGACAUGGUAAUUGAGUAUACUGGUGAAGUUGUUAGAGUUAAUGUAGCUGACAGAAGAGAGCACUUAACAUAUGAUUCGCUUGUGGGUGCUGGCACUUGCAUGUUCAAGAUUGAUGAUGAUCGUGUUAUUGAUGCCACAAAGGCAGGAAAUAUAGCACGUUUGAUCAAUCACUCAUGUGAACCAAACUGUUACUCCAGAAUCAUUACCGUUAAUGGUGAUCAGCACGUAAUCAUAUAUGCCAAAAGAGAUUUAAAUCAAUGGGAGGAGCUCACAAUUAAUUACAGAUUCUCGUCAGUUGAUGAACAACUUGCUUGUUCUUGUGGUGUCUCAAGAUGCCGAGGCAUUGUUAAUGAUAUUAAGGCUGUGGAACAAGUUGCUAAACCAUGUAUACCACAGUAAUUUGACAGCAGAGAAUGAGAACAAGUGUAAAUAGACUUCGUGAUUACAGCAGAUUGAUCUCAGAAGAAGUCCACACCUGUCGUUUCUAGCUAACUUCAUGUAUUUCAGAUUGUCAGUUGAGUAGCAAGCAGUUGCUAUAAAACAAGCUUCUGUAAGAGCAAGUCUGGAGCAUAGCUAUGCUUGAGUAGUAUGUACUUGGGUUUCGUAGAUAACAUAUUCAAUCAAAUUUGUAGAACACCGCUCCAGUGCGUAGCUAUACUGAAAUGCAUUAAUGGACAGUUGAUUCCCACGUAUCUCGCAGAAAUUGCAGCGGACCACAUAACCGGAAAGGCAAGAGCAAAUCUGGAGAGUGAUUCUGGAAAUUUUGUUAUGGGAAUAGUUUUAACUUUAGGCGGGAAAUUCUGUUUUUCUGUUAUGAAAUCAGUGUAUAGAUAUAGACAGAAUUGUUGUGAAAGGUUAUGAAAUGAAUAAACUUAAUUCCAUC